CACCAUGUCUUCCACUCAGACAGAAACUUCCAGCAUUCCAAUGCCUUCUUCGUCCCCCCUCUACCCACCCUCCAGAACUCACACUUUGGGAUUGUCCAAUUCUGCCUAUAAGCUCACGGAGCCGCUCCAAACACAUUUGGCGCCACUCAUCGUCCGUGGGGACUCUUACGCCAAUCUAGCUGUAGAUAUGGUACAGAAGACGUAUCCUAAGGAUGUGAUGGGAUAUGUUCAGAACAGGCAGAAAGAUGUAGGUGAAUAUGUUAGGGAAAGGCGGGAAAGUGCCGGUGUUAUCGCUCACGAUAUUGAUAAGGUCGCCGUUAACCGGAUUGACUCUGGUACCCAGGAAAAUGGUACCUCAGCCGACAAGGAAGCUCAUGUUUCGGAGUAUUCACGUGCGCUUGAGCUCUCCGUUCGUCUCAGAGACCAGCUCCAAUCUUAUGCCAACGAGCAAAUGACACAACUUCAGGCUCACUCUGUUCUUGUCCAACGCGCUACGGAGACUGCUCGUAGUCUCAGUAACACGGCUUCAUCAUCCCUCUCGAAUGUCCAAGCUAAAUUGCAAGCCGUCUCGGAAAAUAUGAUCGCUGAACUCGGGAAAUUUCAAUCCCAAGCCGCUUCUCUCUCUGCCUCCCUGCAAGCCUCGGCCUCGAAAACCAUAAAAGAUCCGACCGCUCAACUCCCUCCGCAGGUUCAACAGAGAUAUGCAGAACUAUCCUCUGUGCUUCAGGCUCAAGCUUCAUCAGCCUCUGCUACCUACGCAAAAUUGUCGAACCACCUUGCCUCGACAGAGAAGGCGACGAAAGUGACCCAUGAGGUUUCGGUAAGGGUUCAGCCGUUGCUGGAAGUGCUUAGUAGGAAUGCCCAGCAGGCCAUAGGUGCACGCGGUGAAUCGCAGUCGCCUACUGUGAAUGGUGUGAACGGACACGCCAAUUAGGGGUUAUUUCUGGAUUUUUUAUAUUUCGUUCUGCUUUUGAGAAACUUAUAGACGGUUUUGUGCUUCUUAUAUAUCUAGAUAGAUUAAGAUAGUCUAAUCGAUUGUUACAUAUCCAGGUCAGGUUCGGACUCUCC